UACCAGAUAGAAAUAAUCACUGGCUGUUAGAGGCACAAGCAAAAUAUGGGAUGUGCAAUGUGUGUGUGAGAGCUGGCAGAAAAUGAAGCAAUUACAUCCUAUACAUUGGGGAAGACUUAUAAGGGGCAGAGUUUUUAAGCAAGUUCCUUGGCUCAUCUUGAUCUCACCCUGGGAGGUAACAGUUUCUGUAGUCUGUUUCCCCCAUCCACCAUAUGCUACUACAGCUUACUUAUCCCAUGCUUCCAGCAGCAGAGCUGCUGUAACUCUUUUUCCAUCUGUUCCAGGAUGCUGUUCUCUCCCUGUAUGUUGGCGUGCUCACGGACUUGCUCCCGCAUCCUGGGGCUGAGCCUUGGGACUUCAGCCCUGUUUGCGACUAUGGCCAACAUGGCACUACUCUUUCCUAAUUGGGAUGUGACUUUCCUGUGGAGGGGCCUCAUUGGCAGACCUGCCCUGCUGGGCGCUGGGCUCUGGGGAGGAGGCCUCAUGGUGUUCACUGCAGCUACCCUCAUCUCCUUGAUGGGCUGGAGGUACGGCUGCUUCAGUAAGAGUGGGCCCUGUCGAAGUGUGCUUACUGCUCUGUUGUCAAGUGGCCUGGCUUUGCUUGGAGCCUUGAUUUGCUUUAUCACUUCUGGAGUAGCUCUGAAAGAUGGUCCUUUUUGCAUGUUCGAUGUCUCAUUCUUCAAUCAGACGCAAGCUUGGACAUAUGGCUACCCAUUCAAAGACCUGCAUAAUAGGAAUUAUUUGUAUGACCGUUCACUCUGGAACUCCGUCUGCCUGGAACCCUCUGAAGCUGUCGUUUGGCAUGUGUCCUUCUUCUCCAUCCUUCUGUGCAUCAGCCUUCUCCAGCUUCUCCUCGUGGUCAUUCAUUUCAUCAACAGCUUCCUGGGCCUUUUCUGCAGCCUCUGUGAGAAGUGA